AUAUGAGCGGCAGAUCCCGAAAAUUACUAGGUCUAGCACUGCACCAAAAUAGUAAUUCGGUUGAUGAAAAUCUCAAUAUACCUACUAGACCAUGGGCGGGCAAUGAGUGCAACUAUGGAGAAUUCGAAAAAUACUCUUCCUGAUGUUUCACUGUCGGAACAGGAUGCAGCUGUUGAUGUCCAAGAUGAUACCAAAUCAAUACAAAUUAGAGGGCGGGCAAUGAGUGCCCCUAUGGAGAAUUUGGAAAAUAUUCCACCUAACGUUUCAUUGUCAGAACGGACAGCAGCUGUUUACGACCAAGACGAUAGCCAAUCAUUACAGAAUAAUGCAUCUAAAAGAGUAAGAGAAUCUCGCAGCACAAGGCAGUCUUCUUUAAAUUAUCAGAUAUCUCCAAUUAAUUCAGACGAAAGUGAUGCUGACGUAAGCGAUACUGAUCCAACUUUUAACGAAUUACAGACAAAUAAAACCGGAUCUCGUUUUUGUCGCAAAUCAUGA